AUGGCGCCAGGUUUACUGCGCUGCCUGCUGCUGCUGACAGCCGUGGGCGCGGACGCUGCUGCCUUGAGGAUCCAGGAUCAAGAUCAAGCUCCCCUAGCUACGGCUCCAGAUGAAGCUGGUGAUGUCCAGGGACAAGGCCAUACCGGCCUGCAUGGCCGUUUCUUACAUAUAACAGAUAUCCAUGCGGACAUGUUCUACAAAGCCUACACGAAGGUAAAAAGAGACUGCCACCGCGGACAUGGCGUUGCUGGCUUCUUCGGUACGCCCGGCACAGACUGCGACUCCCCGAAGACGCUGCUGGAUGCGACCUUCGACUGGAUCGGCGACAACCUGCGAGACAAGGUUGACUUUGUGAUCUGGACAGGCGACGCAGCGCGCCACGACAAGGACGAGCGCAGACCACGUUCUGAGAAGGAGAUCGUGAGCACCAAUCAGCUUAUUUUCGAUAAGUUUGUCAAGACAUUCCACAAGCCCAGGGAUGAGCUCGGAAACACCCUCAAGGUCCCCAUCAUUCCGACCUUCGGAAAUAACGACAUCAUGCCGCACAACAUCAUGGAAAGUGGGCCGAACAGGUGGACUCACAUCUUCGGCGAGCUGUGGCGUGCUGUUAUCCCCGAGGAGCAGAGACACUCGUUCGCAGUUGGAGGGUGGUUCUAUGUCGAGGCCAUACCGGAAAAGUUGGCCGUCAUCAGCCUGAAUACCAUGUACUUCUACAGUGCCAACAGUGCUGUAGAUGGGUGCAAUUCGAAGUACGAGCCAGGAUUCGAGCAUAUGGAGUGGCUCCGGACGCACUUGCAGCUGCUCCGGAAUAGAGGGAUGAAGGCAAUUGUGAUCGGGCAUGUUCCCCCUGCUCAGAACAAGAAGAAGAAGAACUGGUCUGGCUCGUGCUGGCAGAAAUACGCUAUCUGGAUGAAACAGUACCGCGAUGUAGUCGUUGGAAGCUUCUACGGACACAUGAAUGUCGACCAUUUCAUUCUGCAGGAUUUCAAUGAUAUCAGGUAUAUCAUCGAUGGCUCAGCGGAAGCUGAUACCAGUCACCAGGGACAGGGAAAAGACGUGUCGACAAUGGUGAAGAUGGGCUACCUACGAAAGCUGAAGAAGAUGUGGUCUAAACUUCCACAGCCGCCUCGGGCAGAAGAGGGCCAGGUGAAUACUGCUGGAUACAAGAAAGAACUGAAGAAAUAUCACGAAGAACGUGAUACCGAACUUGGUAUUUCUCUCCGGGUGGUGGAAUACAACAUCUCCGGCAUAGAAAACCCAAAGAAGUGGCCGCAGCCUCCCAGCCUAAGUCCUGGCGAGGACAGCACUUAUCCGCCAGAUGAUGAUGGAGAUUAUUAUGAUGACGAUGAUGACAACAACUGGAUAGAAAUAUGGAAAAAGCACAAGAAACACAAGAAAAACAAGAAGAAAUACCCUAAAUUCACGAUCCCCGAUCCUCCAUCUCCAACCGCUCCUCCAGGACCAGCCUACUCUAACCAACCAUUCUCCCUCCUCGGCUACCAACAAUACUACGCGAACUUAACAGAACUCAACCUCGUUCACGACAGGCAAAUGUUGGAACAAGGUGACGUCGACGUUUCCAAAAAGGAAAAGACCCCCAAGGACUUUUAUCAGCUUGAAUACGAUACACGGACAGAUCAGUCCUAUCAGCUGCCUGACAUGACUCUGAACAGCUACCUUGAACUUGCAAGACGGAUAGCCAGAGAAGAGGAAGUACCCGUGCACGACACUGAAAAGUCUAGUGACGGAAACGACCCAUCGAUACUUCAACGCACCGUAUCUCUUUGGACUCUUUUCCGCCAAAGGGCGUUUGUAGGGUUCUUAAACGCACGGAUACGUUGA